GAGAACAGCUAAUACUCAAGAUCACAAACCUGACCAAUGAGAGAGAACAGCUAAGAAAUGAACUUCAGAUUUGUGUUGGAUGGAUUUACUAUCAAUCCAGUUUUUACUACAUGUCCAAAGAGAAGAAAAACUGGGCUGAGAGCAGAAGAUACUGUACAGAGAGAGGAGCAGAUCUGAUCAGCAUAAACAACAGAGAGGAACAAGAUUUUGUUCACAACACGUCUGGUAAUGCUGUAUUUUAUAUUGGUCUGACUGACAUUGAUGUGGAGGGCACAUGGAAAUGGGUUGAUGGCAGCACACUGAACAGUUUCAGCUUCUGGGCGUCCCAUGGACAAAUAAAAGAGCCAAAUGGAGGAAACGGCAUUGUAAACGAGGACUGUGUUGUGACUGUAGCUGUGCCUAAACUGCCAGAGUGGCCUAAUUUAGUAGGGUGGCUUGAUGUUGCAUGUAUUGAACAAUUUCAAUGGAUCUGUGAGAAGAGGAUUUCACAGUUCAUACUGCCAUAGGAACAUAUCAUACACCUUUCUGACACAAUUUCAACAAUACAAAACUUUUGUAAUAAUUGAUUAACAUUUAAAACAGUGUUUCUCAACCCUCAACUGCACAUUUUGAAUGUCUCCUUUUGUCAGACUCCCAUUUCAUGUCCAUAAUACAUAAUGUGCAAAAUGGGACUCCAGAAGUGCGUUUCAUUCAACCAGAAAUGCCUUGUGAGUGAACGUCACAGAGUUUUCCAAUUUAUAAUUGAGAUUUCAGUCUUCAUUUAUUAUUUGUACAUUAUUCAGUUACACAUCACCAGUCACUGUGAAACAUUCCAGUACUUAAAAUAAGUUUGAAUAAAACAAAGGUGUUAAACAGGAGUUACAGCUGCAGCAUUAUUAUUAAUUCAUCCCAGGUUUUGGUUUGCAUUAAUUUUUCAUAAAUGAAAAUAGUAUGUGAGACAAGUAUGUUAGAUGUGAUAGUUACAAUGCAAAAUACUUGAAAAAAGUCUG